CAAAGUGGUUUGCUGUGUUAGUGACAAUGCAGCUAACAUAACCAAAGCAAUUAAAACCCUGAAAUGGACCCACCACCCAUGUCUUGCACACACAAUCAACCUGUUUGUAAGAGAUGCUCUGAAGGUGAUGAAGCCCACUGUGAACAAAGUGAAGACGAUAGUGGAGUUUUUCCACAGGAGCACAACAGCCACACACAAGCUCAAAUCUACCCAACUACAGAUGGGCAUGCCUGAGCUGAAGCUCAAACAAGACUGUGUCACAAGGUGGAACUCCACCUUUCAUAUGAUAAAACGGAUUCUGGAGUCCAAGGAUGCAGUCAUCUCUACCCUGGCUGUUAUGAAUGCAUCAGUUGAUCCUCUGAGCCAAGAGGAAUGGGAGGUACUGCAGGAGGCAUGCACUGUUCUGGAGCCAUUCGAGCAGGUCACUGUGGAGAUCAGUGCAGACAGCUAUGUCACAGCCUCCAAAAUGUUAAUCCUCUGCAAAGGUGUGCAGAGAGUGACAGCUGAGCACCAGACCAGAGUAACGACAGGAAAGUGACAGAGUUAGUGGCUGCUCUCUGUGCAUCCAUGGACAGAAAGUUCCACAGAAUUGAGUAUAACCCUAUUCUCUCAGAAUCCACCGUUCUUGACCCAAGAUUCAAGAAGCUGGCCUUUCAUGAUAACAGAGCGGUUGAUGAAGCUCUCCAGAGAGUAACUGCAGCAGCAGCAAGGUCCGGCCAGCCAACUUCACUGCCAGAGGGC